AUGGAGAGAACAACUUUACCAAUAAAGAAAGAGAUGAAGAAUCUCAGAAUGCUACCGCAUAUUCUUUCACCUCAACUGCUGAUGCAACAGUAGAGGACAACUACAUAACAAUCAAGGAAGAAGUAUUAACUGGUGGCUCUUUUGAAGGUUAGCAAAAUUACAUUUUAUUAUAUAGACGUUAUAAGUAUCCAUAAGUAUGGGCUGGUAUGGGUCAAGCCGACCCCCUAGCGGCGCGUUGCAGUGUGAAGGGGUGCCGUGAACAGCCGCUUUUUAUUUGGCUCGCCCGAUGUGGUUGCUAGCUAGGCUUUUCAACGGUAGCAGGCGACUAUCACAUUUUUCGUAAGUUUUCUGUCAUAUGUUGGAUUACACGGUUUCGAACAACAUACAAGAAAUGCCAAAGUUAAGAGUGUGUUGUAUUUGUGGUAUUUCUUCAGAUUAUUAUAGGAAGGAUAGAAAUUCCCGUAGUUUUUUUAAUUUUCCAAACCCGAAUAUCAAAAAGUUAGUGCCAUUUGAUAAGGAUCUGUUGGAAAGGAGGCUUGUUGCAUGGAAAGAAGUUGUUGGAACUAAUUAUGAUAAUGUCCCUAUUGGACUGACUUGUGUUUGUUCUGACCACUUCCAAUCAGGUAAACCAGCUUACUUUUCCAAUGCAAACGAUAUUGAUUGGAUACCAUCAAAGAAUUUGGAUCUGUUGGUCACUAACAAAACAAGAAACACUCAAUAUGCUAACGUACAUUCACACUAUUACAAUGAUGAGGAGGGACAGGAGAUAAGUUGCGAUCUUAGCAUGACUUCCACAGAAAACGAUCCACUUGAUGUUCAAGCCGCAAUACAUCCGCCUGAUCCGAAUACAACAGACGGAGUGACUGGCUGUUUUGUUGAUGCAAAGAGACCUAUGGUGACUAUUGUCAGUCCUGAAUUAUUACGUGAUGCUACCUUUUCCGAAAAUCCAAGUACUGCGGUUCAAUGUGCAAUAGAUGACGACAACCGUAUUAUAGUCAAAACAGAAAUAAUGGAUAUGGAAGAUGAAGUUCCGUUGAAUACUGGUCCCAAUCUUACUUAUUCUUUAAUCUCGACGUCAAUGGCCGAUAACGGGACGCAGGUUGACUUUGAUGAACCCCCAAGCCCAAUCCAGUUGGACAAAUCUACUCAGACAGAAAUGUCCUCCUUCCCCAAAGGCCCAAACCUCGCGGAACAGAAUAAUUGAAAUAAACAUCUCGUGUUUCUAGAAAGGCUGUGAUACCAUUUGCCAUUUGCUGUGUUUGCGUAUCGCAUGAUAAGAGAAUAAAUGAGAAUUUUGUGUGUUUUUUUUUAUGUCUUCCAUUAAUUUUUUGAUUUCAUAAUAAAACUUGUAAAAAUUUAACAUCUGCAGUUGUUGAAAUUCUCGAUGACUUCCAUAGGACUUCACAAUGUGUCAUAUUCAAAAAUCAAAUUUCCCUCCAUUAAUUUGACGUCUGCUAAACAGCAUGUCUUUCUAUCUUCCGUUCUUAUUUUAGUUUCUUUAUAUCCUACGGCUGGCAUUCCGUUUUACAUGUUAAUUUUUUAUUGUAAUUACAAAUAAGUGAAGAAUCGAGAAUCACAGAAUUCAUUCAAUGCGUAAAUAAUAAAUCAGACGUCGGCGAAAAGCGAGUGUUGUCAAUUUAGCAGACGAAUCAUAACAGGAACAGUGUGCAAAUCUGUGAUAAUGACAUUUAAUUAUAUCAGUUAAACUAUAAUAGUGAUAUAAAAUUUCCUUCUUUUUUUUACAUAAAUUGAGUGCUACAAAAUUGUGUCCAUGGAGUCAAACAAAAUCAAACACCUGCAAUUCAAAGAAGAAUUACAAAUUCCAGUUUCAUGGGGCUACCUUGCCGCUAAGGUAUGGGGCCCAGAGGAUGGUUUACCAAUAUUGGCCCUCCACGGAUGGCAGGAUAAUGCAGGAUCUUUUGACACCAUUGCUCCUCUUCUCCCUUUAAAUACUCGUCUAGUGUGUCUUGAGUUCUGUGGGCAUGGCUUUUCCUCCCACUACCCACCAGGAAUGUUUUUGUCUCUGUAUGACCAUAUUUAUCAUGUCAAAAUGGUAAUUGACUUUUUUCGGUGGGAAAAGGUUACUCUCAUGGGCCACAGCAUGGGAGGCCAAAUUGCCACAUUCGUUGCUUCGAUAUUUUCCGACAAAAUCCUUAAGCUCAUCAGUUUGGAUGCUCUCAAGCUCCGAUCUUCCGAUCCAGACAACUUUAGCAAUGAGAUGAAAAGCGUUUUAACAGAUUUUCAAAGCAUGGCCAAAAAAAUGGAGCAAGUCCCACGGACAUCUUCCAUCACAACAUAUAAUCAAGCGCGUGAGAAACUCAUCAGAAACUACUCUGGAUCGGUUGAAGCCAAGCACGCCGACAUCCUGCUUGCCCGUAGUUUGCGAAAGAAAGGCGAUGAUGAGUAUGAAUAUACACGAGACUUGCGCACCAUCAUCCGCCCGUUCCUUUUCAAUGAUUUUACCACUGAAAAGCUCAGAGAAAUAGCUCGUGGUAUUUUAUGCCCAUUUCUGCUGAUACGCGCAAGAAAUUCGAUUACUUCUGUCUCAUCCGAACCGGUGCAAUUGCACCAAGAAUUCAUCGAGAUCUAUCGCAACGCCAGUAAAGAUUUCCAGUUGAUUGAGAUGGAUGGUAAGCACCACAUCCAUUUAACUCACCCAGAAUUGGUCGCUCCCUACAUUUGCGAUUUUCUCAAUAAAAAUAUAUAGAACAAUGAA